AUGAGCGUGGCCUUAGCUGCAGUUGCGGCAGCCAUUCCGCAGCCUUCGCCCUGGCCAACUGUGUUCCAUGCGUACAUGUUGAAGAACCGCAGCGGCCAGCUGCGACACACCGAUCUUUUCUAUGAUUGGCCCUACGGUGGCAACCUCCAUAUUGACAGGAGCCCUGGACAAGCACCCUUCUAUGACAACGAGCGCCAAAACGGCAGCACGCUGCGCACUCAAAUGCACUGUGAUGUCAAGGUCAUAGAGAUGGGCGUGGGGCUUUUGCCGCCAAACUGGCUGGAGGAUGCCCACUAUGGCGGAAAGCAAGCCGCAACUUGA